AUGGACUCGAGCGACGAUGACAACGAAGACACCAGGUCUUCGAAGAGCAACAUCAAGAGACACACGCGCACUCAAUCACUUGAGAAAGCUACCGUCAUUCCAAGUCCCAAGCGAAGAACAUACAGAGGUCCGUCGCUUGAGCAUGUGUCAGCGGCUGCAAUGGAUUUUGAAGCAGCGUACAUCAUGGAUUCAGUGGGGGAAAUGCCGACUACGUUCAAGUCGGCUAUGGAAUCAAGCGACUCCGGCAAGUGGAAAGAAGCGUGUGACUCGGAGUUCGAUUCGCUUCAGAGAAACGACACGUGGGAAAUCGUGCCUCUUCCGAAAGGUCGCAAGGCCAUCGGGUGCCGAUGGGUUUUUCGUGUAAAGGAGAAUCAAGAUGGCGAAGUUGAACGUUUUAAGGCAAGACUUGUGGCCAAAGGAUUCUCACAGAAAUUCGGAGUUGACUAUGAAGAAACUUUCGCACCGGUGGCCAAGUUCACAUCGAUUCGUGUGGUGCUCAACAUCUACAUGGACCAGCCGGACGGAUACCUGGAUGCAACACAGCCGGACUAUGUGUGCAAGCUAAAGAGAUCACUCUACGGCUUGAAGCAAUCGCCUCGCAUGUGGAACCAAACAAUCGAUGGGUUCAUGAUCAAGAUGGGAUUCAAGAAGUGCGAAUCGGACCACUGCAUCUACAUCAAGCGAGACGACCAAGACAUGAUUCUCGUGGUGCUCUACGUCGAUGAUCUCAUCCUGGCCAGCAGCAACAACGAACUCCUCAAGUCAACCAAGAUGGCGCUGAGCAAACGCUUCAGAAAUGACGGAUCUCGGUGA